CUCACUCUACUACAGUUCUCACACAGGCAGCAUGCUUUGAACGUGCCAGACCUCCUUGCAAAGGCACAUUCCCAAUCAGGAUAUAUAGUAUGCGGUUUCUAGAAGGAUUGGAUGGAGUUGUCCCGUUCUACACGUCCUUUGCUAAAUGGAUUAUAAACUCACCAACACAAUGCCUGCAUGCUUUUGUUUUUGAAAAGGAUUGCUUUGCCUGAUGCUGUGAAUAAUUACUUUCAUUGUUUGGCAUAAAAGAGAGGAUUUCCCUGUGCUCUGUUGGCUUUGCUUAGAGUCAUAUCUGAAGAAGGGACAUCAGUGUCCUGAAACGGCAGCAACAUUUUUUUUGAGGGGGGGGUUGUUAUCAUUAGCUCUUAAAUGUAUCAGUUCUGUUGCUCUUUCCUUUCAUCACAGAAAUACUCUAUGCUUAGUGCUUGGAAUGCAAUCUGAUGUCAGGCUGUUCUGUUCUGAGAAAAUAACGGGUGUGAAGAGCUUGAAGAAAAAAGUAAGUUUUGGACAGAAGAUUCGUAGUCAGAUAAUACAGCUGUGUCGGGAAGCUGUGCACCAUGGGAGCUUUGGGUAAAGUGUGUCUGGAGAAGUAGGCACAGAGUCACAGGACAAUGUCUGUAAUACCAACUCUCCUACCAACAAAUGGCACCAGGUUUGAGCCAGAUCUUGGCAUUAUGGACAUGCCAAAGGCAACAUUCACAUUUAAUGCUUUAGUCUUCAGCCUGACACUGAUAAUCACUCUGACAGUGUUUUUGGGCAGCAUUAUUUCACUGGUUUCCUUGCUGAAGAUGAAAAGCAAGUCAACUUUGUCUCUGCUGGUGACUUCCCUGUCUGUGGAUGACUUGGUCAGUGUUGUACCUGCAUCUAUUUUUAUGCUGCACCAGUGGACAACUCAUGCUCUACCCCAACCUCUGUGCUCAGCUGCAGCAUUUCUCUACUUGUUCCAAGGAAUCUCAAGCAAUUUAAAGGCAUCCUCUAUUAUUUGCUAUAACUUCUAUACAGUUAAUAAACUAGGAAGCUAUGAAACUACCAAAAUAUCUGUUAAAAUCUUUUGUGCCGUUGCAACUAUAUGGGUGAUUAGUAUACUAAUAAGUGCUAUUCCUUUCUUCGGUUGGGGUAGAUUUCAUACUACGUCAUGGGGAUGCUUUACUGACUGCACAAGUUCUUACAUUUUGUUUUUAUUUGGAUUGUAUUCUCUUUGUUUUUGUAUUCUGGUCAUCCUUUCUGCCCCUCUAACCCACCAGUUGCUGUGUAGUGAUGACCAUCAACAUAUUAAUUACAAAGACAUUAGCAAAGGUUAUCUCACCCCAACUACACCUUUGGGUAGCAAUGCAUCUUCACUGUCCCCUGACAAUCCUGUCGGCAAAACCUUGAAGAAUUCCAAUGAGAAAUAUGUAAGCCCGGAGGCAGUGUUUAAGAGGAGCGUGGCUGAAACAAGUGGGGAUGUACAGCAUUCCUCAAACAGUGUCAGAGGUGGCAGGAACAUUACAGUACUCUAUGCUCAGAAGCGCUUCUCCCUGAUCCUUGCUUUGACUAAAGUCAUUCUGUGGCUACCAAUCAUGAUACAAAUGGUUGUUCAGCACAUAGUUGCCUUUCAGAGCCUCUCUUUUGAGACCCUAAGUUUCAUCCUAAGUUUACUGUCUGCUGCUGCCACUCCGCUGUUUGUCCUGUCUGAGCGCUGGAGGCAUCUGCCAUGUGGCUGCAUCAUUAACUGCAAGAGGAACACAUAUGAAACAUCAGCAGAAGAAAACCAAAUCAAAAAAAGAGGAUUCGACUUCAAUUUAUCUUUCAAUAAAGGCUAUGGGAUUUAUAAGAUAUCGCAGGACAAUCACGCUACCGGGGAAAAUUCCAUCUCAUAUCAUAACUUGAUUAACUACGACUGUGAGAACAUGAAUGAAACGCGCUGUGACCGAAUGCUUAAUUCAGCCAUGCUGGACUUCAGCACCAUAAGUUUCCAGGACAGCUCCCUGCUGAGAGAUGCCAAUAUGCUGAAAAUCCCACAUACAGAUGCAAAGCUGGAGCAGUGCAAAGAAAAGGCUUUUGGGUGUCUUCUAUCAGAGAAAAUUGGUGCCUUUAAAAGAGAUGAUGUAAGAAACUUUGAUAAAUCAACAUUUUAUGAAGGACAGGAAAGGAGGUUGUCUCAUGAAGAGAGUCGCAAACCAGAGCUCACAGACUGGGAGUGGUGCAGGAGUAAGUCUGAAAGAACACCUCGACAGCGUUCAGGAGGAGCUCUGAAUAUUCCCCUAUGUGCUUUUCAGGGAACAGUUUCACUUCAUGCACCCACUGGUAAAACCCUUUCCUUGUCUACCUACGAGGUAAGCAGUGAUGGACAGAAGAUAACACCGACGUCUAAGAAGAUCGAGGUGUACCGCUCAAAAAGUGUGGGCCAUGAGCCCAACAAAGAGGAUUCCCCAAACCAGUUUCCAGACACAAAUGUAAAGAUCCACCUGGAAGUCCUUGAAAUCUGUGAUAAUGAAGAAGCCAUGGACACUGUUUCCAUCAUAAGCAAUAUCAGCCAAUCUUCAACUCAAGCCAGGUCCCCUUCACUUCGCUACUCAAGGAAAGAAAAUCGCUUUGUCUCAUGUGAUCUAGGAGAAACUGCUUCGUACUCUCUCGUCAUUCCAACAAACAAUCCUGACAGCGAUAUUAACAUUUCCAUUCCAGAUACAGUCGAGGCUCACAGGCAAAACAGUAAAAAGCAGCAUAUGGAGAGAGACAGCUAUCAAGAAGAAAUACAACUGUUAAACAAAGCUUACAGGAAAAGGGAGAGCGAUGGGGACAAUUAAAGCAAGAGCAAAGAAAUAAUGAGUCAACAAAGCUAUCACUAGAGUUUAUCUUCCUGGGCUUACUAAUAGUAAUCUGCCUUGCAAAGUGCAAACUUCUAAAUAUCCUAUCUAAUCUGCUUACUUUGCAGCAGUAGUAUCAUUUCUAAUGCACCAGUAUGAAUUAAAGCAAUUCAGUGUGGACUCUAGACUGGAAACAAAGUCAUCAACCAUAUUUAGAUAAGUAACAGCUAAGCCCGUUUGGCAGUGGAAAAUGUAAUAUUCAUUGUCAUAAAGUAGAAACACCAUGUUCCAAACCACAGAGAACCUGCUUACAUUAAAUCAGCAUCACAAUAUUCUAAAUGUCAGGGAAUAGACUUAUAAUUAACAACAUUAGGUCACCUUGAUUGACUUUUGAUUUAUAGACGCAACAUGACUAUUUGUCUGAUUUAUUUAACCAGGUAAAAUUAAAAAUAACAAAUAAAUGUAAGGGUACAUAUUAAAAAGUCUGGCAGAACUCUACACUGGGAAAAAUGUGUCAACAUAACUGUAUAAAGCUUCUCUUAUUAUGGGAAUCAUUUAGAUGCCUGGAAGAAUGAGCCAGUACUGAAAGCUUUAAUGUCAAUAAUCAUUAAAAAAGUAUUAGACCGUUAAAUAGUAUGGCAACUGACUAUAAUAUCAAGAGUGCUAAAACCUAAAGAAAAGUUGAUCCUUGAGUGUUUAGCACUGAUAUCUGUAUACUCUAGUUGCUGUCAUAAAGAUUCAUGGCUCACAGCAAACAUGCUUCAAUAAAACCCAGUGCUUGUGGUGUAAAGAAAAGACUGUUAUGUGUACAGGAUAAAGUGCAAAAACCGGUGCAAGCCAACA